AUCUUGUUUUGAUUUGUUUUAAUAUAGCCUGACAACCCUAAUCCAGCAACGCCGAGUUGAAGCAUGUUUUCAUACUUUUUGCCGGGUAAAAUGUAUUUAAUUAUAUAAUUCAGCGGCCCUUGCAGCAAUGGAUCCCAUCGACACCACCAAGCGGAAGCCCAGACGCACCUACGGCACACCAUCCUACACGUAUCGCAAUCGAUUUGCCUAUGCCCUCUUGGCCGCCGGAACUGUGCUCUUCGGCAUUUGGAGCCUGACUCCCAUCCAGCGCAUUGCCAACGAGAAGCUGUCCCAGGCGGUGGCCCAAACCGAACAGGAGCGCGAUAGGAAAGGACUCUUUGAGUUCGGCGCGCCAAGGACUUCGCAGUUCAUCAAGGACGCCAUCAAGGAGAGCGAGGAGCAGAGAAACAAAUAAUGGAUCGCAAGACGCGGCGGGCCAACUUCAAAAACCUGCAGCCUCGUUCGACGCGAAGCACCAAAGCAGCCGCAGAUACAUUAUCGUUGUCCAACUUCUUCGCCACACCCGAAAGUGCUGAAGAAGUUCCGUCAUGUCUAGCCGACAUUCCUGUUCAGCCCGAUCCUCCUGCCCCCAAAAUCAAACCAAUACGUGCUAG